AUGCCGAUGUCUUGGCAAAACUGGAAUCGGAGGGGUCAGAAAAAUAGACAAUGGAGGAAAAAAAGUGACUAUUUUAACUCUGGCAAGGGUCUACCCCAAAAUUUGGAUCAUCUGAAAGGUCUCAAUCCAGAGAACCAAGAUGUGUGCACAAUUGAAGGAACUGUGGUGACAGGGCUUGAAUCUCCUGCUAGAGAUGAGUGCUUGGAAAAAUUGCGCUCGUAUGGGAUUGCUGCACGUGGACGAAUCCUCUUUGAUGUGCCUACUAAACUGGUCCAUGAAAGCAUUCAUGAGUUCAAGAGAUGCGCUUUCGAAACAUGA